GCGCCAUGUUUCAAUCCGUGUGUUCAUUCUUGAACUUUCGUCAGCAUGAACGGGCUUGCAAAGGCUUCCCUUGUUGCGGCCGCAGCCACUGCCGCCGUGGUAUCGUUUGCGACUCGCAAAAUAGCGUCGACCCCCCUCUCGUCGCUGCACUCGUCCAACUUGAUUGCCCGCUUUGUGUCGACACCCGACCAACAUGUCGACGUGUACCAAGUGACACUAAGUAAACCAACGUCUGUCGAGCACUUUGCCAAAGCAUUCUUUCAGUCGCCCGUGUUCCAGGUCGAGCGGGUGCUGUUGAGUCUUGCGGGGGCGGCGAAGACCACGGACGCCGAGAUUGACGCGAUGACGUUUGCGAGUGGCGACCACGUCGCGACGUUUCGAGUGAUCGAGUCAAAGCAAGACGAAAUCCUGUUUUGCUGGGACGACACAGAGGCUUGGAAUGGACACUCGUGGGUCGCCGUGAAGGACAACGGCCACACGCUGCUCUUUGGCUCGACCCUCCGCAAUCGAAGGGCGUUCAUUCGACGCGUGAUGCCGCUGCACUUGAUGUAUGCCCAAAUUGUAUUGGCCUCGACCAAGUUUCAACUGGAACGGACCACAUCGUAGUGUCGUACUUGUAAGCUAGCGCCAAGACGUAGCCAUAAUAAUACUCGGAGUAAAGGCCAACAACUCAUCA